CCCAACAAUAUGGUCCAUUUAAGAUUUCUUAUAACACACAUAAGGAUAAAUGGUCAAUCAAUGAACUCAUGACCAUGUGUGUUCAAGAGGAGCAUAGGUUGGCUAUGGAAGAGGGUGAGAAAGUGAAUCUGACUUUCUCCGAAAGGAAGAAGAAAGAUCGUGCCAAAGGCAAAGGCAAGCUCUCUGUCAAACCGGACAUUAAGAAAGAGUCAAAGUGUUUCUUUUGCAAGAAGAAAGGACACAUGAAGAAAGACUGCUCUAAGUUCCAGAAUUGGCUUGAGAAGAAAGGGUAUGCAAAACCUACGGAAGCCAGUGGGUAGUGAGUGCUAUAUCCUCUCAGGAGGGAAGAUGAGCUCACAUGUGGAGGCUGUUGGUUCUUGCAAUUUGGUUUUGAGUACUGGUUUUAUUUUGCAUUUAGAAAAGACCUUUUAUGUUCCUAGUUUUUCAAGGAAUUUAAUUUCAGUUUCGAGACUUGUACCUUUUGGUUUUGGUUUUAACUUUUUG